GCGGGAUGUGGGCCCUGCGGGCCGCCGUCAGGCCGGGGGCCUGGCUCUCUCGCGUGGUUCGCGGCCGCGGGGCUCCGAGAGCUGCGCCGCCGCUGCCGGCCUGCCCCCACCGCGCGCUCACCGCCUCUGGCCCCGGGGACCUCAAGGGGCGAGGAGGUGGAGGACGGCGCCCACGGGCUGAUGGCCCGAGAAGCCGAGCGGGAGAGGAGGAGGAGGAGCCAGAAGAUGCGGAGGAGGAAGAGGAGGAGGAGGAACUUUUGAGGAGGGACCCUUUGCUGCCACUGGGGACCCAGCGCGUGUGCCUGAUCCACCCCGAGGUCAAGCGGGGACCGGGGAAGCCGCAGCUGACCCGAGCUGAGUGGCAGGUGGCGGAGGCAGAAGCACUGGUCCACACACUGGAUGGCUGGUCGGUGGCGGACAGGAUGGUGGUACCCACCAAAACACCAGAUGGGAAGCUCAUCUUCGGCAGAGGGACCUUAGAGCACCUGGCAGAGAAGAUCAGAGGGUCGCCAGAAAUCACAGCAGUCUUCCUGAAUGUAGAGAGGCUGGCCACGCCCACCAAGAAGGACCUGGAAGCCACCUGGGGCGUGCAGGUGUUCGACCGAUUCACGGUUGUCCUUCACAUUUUCCGCUGCAAUGCCCGGACCAGAGAAGCACGGCUGCAGGUGGCCCUGGCCGAGCUCCCCCUUCUCAGGUCCCACCUGAAAAGGAGCAUUGCCCACCCGGAUGGACGAGGAGGGGGCUCGCGCUACAUCAUGGGGUCAGGAGAAUCUUUCAUGCAGGUGCAGCAGCGCCUCUUGAAGGAAAAGGAGAUCAAGAUUCGGAAGGCCCUGGAGAGACUGAGGAAGAAAAGGCGUGUCCUGGGGAAGCAGCGGAGGCGGCAGGACUUUCCUGUGAUCUCUGUGGUGGGAUACACAAACUGCGGAAAAACCACGCUGAUUAAGGCCCUGACAGGCGAUGAUGCCGUCCAGCCCCGGGAUCAGCUGUUUGCGACACUGGACGUCACAGCCCAUGCUGGGUGGCUGCCCUCCCGCAUGGCUGUCAUUUACAUGGACACCAUCGGCUUCCUCUCCGAGCUGCCCCACAGCCUGAUUGAGUCCUUCUCCGCUACCCUGGAAGACGUGGCUCAUUCGGAUCUGAUCGUCCACGUGAGAGACGUGAGCCACCCGGAGACGGAGCUGCAGAAAGCCAGCGUUCUGUCCACCCUGCAUGGCCUACACCUGCCCGCCCCACUCCUGGACUCCGUGCUGGAAGUUCAUAACAAGGUGGACCUGGUUCCCGGGUAUAGCCCGGCGGGACCACAGGCCGUCACCGUGUCCGCUCUCCUGGGGCACGGGCUCCCGGAGCUGAAAGCCCGGCUGGAAGAUGCCAUUCUGAGAGCCACGGGAAGACAGGUCCUCACUCUCCGGGUCCGGCUGGCGGGCACGCAGCUGAGCUGGCUGCAUCGGGAGGCCACGGUGCAGGAGGUGGACGUGAUUCCCGAGGCCGGCGUGGCCGACGUCAGGGUCGUCAUCAGCAGCUCCGCCUACGGAGGUCCUGCCUGUGGUGGCCGUGACGGGGCCAGUUGGGGUUUCCGCAUCUGGUGUGUGUCACAGACUCACAGCUGUGAGGCCUCGCUGCUCCCCACGGAGCGUCCUGGACAUUGUGACAGUCUCCCGGCCACCCAGAAGCCUCUCUGCACGGGUCGAGGAGAAAACACGGUGUGUCAUUGAUUCAGCACAAAGCCAGGAUGGUCUGCACUCACAGCCAGCCGGCUCUGACGUGGGAGAGACAGGAGGGACCUCGCCUUUCCCACGGCCUGUCACGGACCUGGGCUGUCUUCAUCACAGGUCCCAGGACACACACCCUGGGGCGCAGAACUGGACACCGGUCCCUCCGCUUUUAAAGAUGUUAGUACACGUCUGAGCGUGCUGUCGUUGCCCGUUUUCUGGAGGGAACGCUGACGUGAGAGGCCUCUCUGUUGCCGCCCUGGAAAGUGUUUUACUUCAUUUUCCCCUUUUGAUGUGUGGUCACCCUUACAGCAGUGUUUUGUGAGUGAUUCCAGAUUUCAGCAUUCAGGGAUUCAAAAUAAAAAAAAACAAAAACCCGUAGCCUGCCUCGGGGCAUGCAGGGGGGUGUGUCUUUCCUGAAGACGGGAGAACCUUCUCCUUACUCGAGUCCUGAGACGUGAGGACAGAGCAGAGGCUGAGUUGGGGAAACUGAGGUCCCCGCGGUGCUGGUGUGGAAGAAUGAGGAGGAGCCGGGAUUGAGGCAGGCAGGGAGCGCGGAAGCCGGGUUCUCUCCAGAAGGACCCAGCCCCCGACGUUGGCCCGGGGAGACCCAUGUCAGCGCCCUGGCUUCCAGAACCGUUUUGAGAAUAAAUAUCUGCGCUCUGAGG